AUGGCAGACAGUCGACAGCCAGAGGACGGCGCCCCCCAGUGGAGCCCAUCAACCGGGCAGGAGGCGACCAGUCCCCUUGGAGCCAAUGGAUUCUCCACCUCCUCCUUCAUAACUUGUCAGACUGGAAGCAUCAUGAGCACCGGCCCCUAUGCAGCCCGUGAAAAUGGCUUCAAUGGAGACCUGACUGGAGGACAUGCCAUUACUGCAGAACAAGUGUCAGCGAGGAUCGUGCAGGAGGUGACUGCUGAGGCUGUGGCCGUGCUCAAAGGGGAACAGGAGAGUCAAAGGCUGCCGUCAGUUGAAGACACCACAAAUUUGCCUCCCUCCCCUCCCCCUUCGCCUGCUGCAGAACACUUUGGGCCGCUGGAGAAAGAUGUAGGGGAUGAGGAGGAGGCAGGCCCUCUCAGACGCUUCCAAAAUUCUCGGGAGAGGUGCAAGUUCCUCGCCCCCUCCAUCUCAGUGUCCGUGCCCGAGGACGACCCCUACCACUCCGACGAGGAGUACUAUGACCACCCCUUGUUCAGCCCAGAGUGGACGCACUCGGGCUCCCGCCCCACUGGGCAGGCCGUGGCCUUUAGACAGAUUGAAGAAGAGACCAUGGAGGCUCUCACAGCUGAGUACGAGGAGGAGGAGGUGGAAGAGGACAAUGCAGAGGCUGCUCUUGAUGAGCAGCAGUGGAGCGGGGACGAGCCUGAACCGGACAGCCCCCAGCCUGAGCUCUUAGAGCAGGCAGAGGCCACAGGCGAGGCCUCAGGCGAGGCUCCAGACCUCAGCCUGGAACUGGAGCUGGAAUCGGAUGAGGCAGCAGCUAGUGCUGCUUCAGACAGCUCCAGGAGCCUAGAGGAGGAGGAAGCAGAGGAUGAGGAGAGUCUAGACACAGGAGGCAAAGCAGAGUAA